AACUCGCACUAUGCUGUGUACUCACGCCUGCUUGAAUGGCGUGACACAGCUAACAAUCUGCUUAAAUAAAUCACACGUUCACUUAGAUUUACAGUCAGUCAUAUACCGUCAGUACUACGUGAAACACGUUUCUGGGAUAUGCCUAGUGUCAAAAACUGUCGUAGUGCCAUAGUGAUCUAGUGAACAGAGUAGGUCUAAAAACUGUUGACAGUUUUACUGUUACACAGUUGGAUGCACGGUGACAUCUGGUGUAUUUUGCAUAGACCGUUUGUACAGUUGUAUAUAUAUGUAGUGAACAUCGAAGAAAAACAUAAUUGUCAGCCAGCAUAGAGUAGAACAACAAUGUUGAACCAGCUGUUGAGAUUUGGGAGUGAUUUCACUCGCGAUAUUGGACUGUCACCUGUGUCAGUGUACGCAGUCACCUUCUUUGUGGUGGUACUGUCAGCUGUAUUCUUCUACAGAAAAAGAUCCAAGAUAUCUAUUGUUGGAAAACCCAGCCAUGAAUUUGAGUCCACCCCAAAAGACCAAGAGGUCAUUGUUAUUGGUUCUGGAGUCUUGGGAUCAGUGCUGGCAACUGUGCUGGCCAGGGAUGGACGCAAGGUCACGGUCAUAGAACGAGAUAUGAAGGAGCCAGACAGGAUAGUUGGGGAAUUAUUACAACCUGGGGGAUUUGGAGCUCUCAAGAAACUUGGGUUAGGCGAUUGUGUUGAAGGAUUUGAUGCUCAUGAAGUUAAAGGCUAUGUGAUUCAUGACCUGGACACCAAGGCUGAAGUUCAGAUCCCGUACCCCAGCAGUGAUGAUAAUGCUAUUAUAUCAGGCAGGGCAUUUCAUCACGGGAAGUUUGUAAUGGCAUUGAGAAGAAAGGCCCAGAAUGAAAAAAAUGUAUCAUAUAUAGAAGGAACAGCUACGAAACUGAUUGAUGACCGUGGCUUCAUUGUUGGUGUUCAGUACAAGAAAAAAGACUCGGAUAAGUUACAGGAAAUACAUGCACCUCUGACGAUAGUUGUUGAUGGGUGCUUCUCCAAGUUCCGCAAACAACUAGUUACCGAAACUGUCAAAGUGUAUUCUCACUUUGUGGGAACCGUAAUGAAUGACUGUCCUCAGGCCAAAGCUAACCAUGCAGAACUUGUUCUGGCUGACCCUAGUCCAGUAUUGGUGUACCAGAUCUCAUCAAAUCACACCCGGGUGCUAGUUGACAUUCGUGGAGGCAUGCCCAAGAACCUCAAGGAAUACAUGCUGGAACACAUCGCACCUCAAUUACCUGAGCAUCUGCAAGGGCCCUUCGAAGACAGUGUCAUUAAUGGCCAAGUGAAAAGUAUGCCCAACAGUUACCUUCCUCCAGCACCGAUGGAGAGGCCUGGUGUGUUUGUGCUGGGCGACGCCCUCAACAUGCGGCACCCCCUGACUGGAGGGGGCAUGAGUGUCGCCCUGAGUGAUGCCAUCCUAUGGAGGGACCUGAUGAAGUCCCUCCCCUCCCUCGCUGACUAUGAAGCUGUUAUCAAGGCCACAAGGCUCUUCCAUUUGAGGAGGAAAGGAAAUCAUUCCUUUGUCGUAAAUGUGCUUGCACAAGCUCUGUAUGAACUCUUUGCAGCUAAAGACACACAUCUCCAGAGUCUUAAGAGAGCAUGCUUCAAGUAUUUCAAAAUUGGAGGACAGUGUGUGGAUGGACCCGUAGGACUGUUGUCAGUGCUAACACCGAACCCAUUCCUGCUUGUCGGACAUUUCUUUGCUGUGGCACUAUUUGCCAUAUUUGUUGUGUUUAAGACAGAACCAUGGUGGGCGCUCCACAGAGUAGCCUUCAGAUCAACCAUGAUAUUCUACAAGGCAUGUGGAGUUAUCUUUCCUUUAAUAUACAGGGAAAUGAAGUGUCUGUUUUGAUGCAACACACCGUCUUCAUCUCACGGAUUGAUAUGACAUGAAAGAAAAGUGCUGUGACUGAAUGUAAAAGUUCAAUAAAUAAUAAAAACAAUUAAGAAGGGUCUUUAAAAGAAAGCAAAUGUGUAUUUUCAAAUCAUUAUGUUCUGCCAAUCCUCAUAUGUAGGCUACAAGUUUUCUACAUGAGAGGGGCUGUCAGGUAGCCUAGUGGUAAAGCGUUCGCUCGUCUUGCUGAAGAUCCGGGUUUGAUUACCGACAUGGGUACAAUGUGUGAAGCCCAUUUCUGGUGUCCCCCGCCGUGAUGUUGCUGGAAUAUUGUUACAAGCAGCGUAAAACCAUAAUCACUCACUCACUCAUUCACUCUAUGUGAGAGAUUUAUUUUGGUUAAUCGUCCCACCUAAUUUGGUACUUUAUUUCCCUGCAAAGGGGAUAUAUAUCGUAUAACAUUCUGUAACACUGUAAAAGUGCUGAGAACUUUCAUUUGUUUGCAUUUAAUAAACUUGAUAUUUGUAUGUAGUUUCCCUUUAUAAAAACCCAUUCACCUUUGUUAAUGGGGAUCUUUCCUUAAAUAUGUAACCCUCAACCUCCAAAUUCCCCUUCUGCCCCUCUAAGUUCAAGGGAGGAUGAGAUCUAAUAUUAUCUGUCACAGAUAGUUACCGGUAUCUAUAAAAGCUGUGAUCAUUCGUAUCAUUACAUUAUCAAGUUUUUGCUGUAGCUUGGAUUCUGAAUAGCUUGUGGAAAACAUUCAGUAUUUACUUUAAUUUACAAACAUGUUUAUUUCAUACUCAUCAUCGGUCUCAUGACUGAACAUAUCAGACUAUAUUGUCUUGUAAUAAUUAUACCAUCAUAAUGAUGGCAUGCUAUGGAUUCUGAGACAGAAAUUCAGUGGCUAUUCUGAACGUGAAUUUUAGACAAGUAAAACCGUCACAAAGAUAGGUCAGUAUUCCAAAUCAUAGUGAAAUUACACAUCGACCAUAACAUGGUUUGAGUUCAGAAAUCAUCAGAUUCUCAUCUCUCAUGAAUUCUCCAGAAUGGAAUCAUCCAAAAUGGGAACAUGGUCCUCAGUUCUAAAGAAAAACACAAAUUAAUUACCAUGAUUGUAAUUCAGAGGACGUUA